AACGAUCAAGAAAUGGCAUUUAUUUUUAUUUUAUAAAUAAAAGGAAUAAGUGUCAAAACACGGGCGCUCCCAAGAGCUCCUAAAACUUUCCUUUAUUAAAAAAAUUAAAAUAGAAUUAGUGACGAAAGAACUAGACAUCUGUUAUACAUUUUAAAAUAUAGAUUAACGUGAAGAAUGAUUUGCUAAAGAUAAUAUUAACAAAGUGAAGGUGAACAAUGUGAAACUAAGUUUUUGAAAGUGUUUGUAUUGAUGUUAACGCUAAAAAUAUUUGUAUCGAUAAGUUUGGGUUAAUAUGGACUUAGUUAAAAACUCGAUUUUCAAUUGAUAUUUUUUAGAAAACAAUUGAAUCUGUUAAAAUGGGACAUUGUAGAUAGAACAUGGAUAAACAUUUGGAGCAAGAUCUUUUAAUUCCUGUUUCUUCAGAUGAAUGUGGCCAAAGCGGAGGAGAGGCCGAUAGUGACGAGGACGUCAUCACCGACUACCACAUCCCGGUGUUGGAUAUGUUGCCUCGACCUGGAGCCGGUGGGCCUCUUCCUACCAUCAGCGUUACGCCGCAUUCACCUGCCAACAAGACAUAUCCGGUGCUAGAGGACAGCUUGCAGCAAGUUCGGGAAUUACACGAGAGUGUACAGCACAUGCGCAAUGUCUCCGUACAAAGUAAACAUGCUUGCGGUCCGAAUUCCAGAGACUUUGCUGCAUUUGCGCUCAAUCCAUUUCUGGCUCAAGUUGCUCGACUCAGUGCAAGUUGUCCUGCCCUAAACGAAGCCAUUCCGGAUGUCGAUAUAAUCGGCGGUUCGUUGGGAUCUUCUCCUUUACACCAACCACCAAGUAGAAAGGGAAGCGGCGCUCAAGAUUGGCUAUGUCAACCUGAACCUCAGAGAAGACGAUCAUGGACAGCACUGGAAGACCUGACAGGAAACAAAGACAAAGUGAAGCAAACUCGCCAAAGAAGUAUAUCUUUGAGCAGUAUGGAAUCAGAGGCCGACGAAUCAUCCUUAUUAGACAAUGUAGAUGGCAGUACCGUUAGAUUAUUAGGCCCUGAAGCUCCCGUUGUUAUCAGACAUCGUGGAUCGAGAAGUACGAAUGGAGGAGCCAGUACUCAUUCUCUUAAUGAAGCGGAUCUUCAGAACGAUUUUAAUAAGCUCAAAGCAAAGCGUGAAGCCGAACAGCGCUUGCUACCAGCCAGGCUUCCAUUACAAAAAUCCAUUUCCACACCAUCUAUUAUAGCGGUUCGUGAUCUAGCACCAGAGCCUACUUUAGCAGGAGCUCAACCUACGUUACCUAUCUUGGUGUCUAGGGGCCGACCCAGCGGGACUGAGAGCGAGACGGAAGAAGAAGUUAGCCGAUCAGGACACGUCCACUAUGAUUCCCAUUCGAAUGCACUUUUGCACCACGUUCCUUAUGAACUUCAUUCUGAAAAACGAAGAAAAAGGGGAAGCUUGUUCUUCAGGAAAAAGAAGGAUAAAUCUAAAAAACUGUCACAUCAAUGGGUGUCGGCUUGUUACGGGACUUCCCAAAUAUGUGAUGUAUGCUCCAAAUUAUUAAGCAAUAAACCUGCCCUUUACUGUGAAUGCUGUGGUACUUCUGUACAUCAAAAUACAUGUAAGGACAAUAUUCAAGAGUGCAUUAAAAUAAAGAACGCAAAGAGUACAAGUAAGUUAUCAGGGUUCGCCGUACCAUUAACGAAUGCGAAGAACUCAAUAUCUAAGCGUGGAUCUGCUUCCGUACCUUCCAACCAGAGUACUCCUGCUAGCCAGAUACUGUACGAUGACAAAGACAGUGGUUCGCAUGGCCAACAUGAUGCUGCCAGCUAUCCCGACGAUGUCCCAAUUAUCCCCUUGGAGUUUCUGUCAGACUCUCCACUGACGGCAGCUGAUUUGUGUUCAGAUUUUACCUUGGGAUUGCACGAAGCCGAGCCGGAUUCGUGGUCGCCGUACGUCGGUAAAGAUAUAUCGAGGAAAUUAAAAGAGAAAGAAGUUAAACGACAAGAGCAUGUUUAUGAAUUUAUUUUAACCGAAAAGCAUCAUUGUAUGACACUUUUAGUCAUGCAGAAGAUUUUUGUAGAAGGAUUACAUAAGUACUUCCAAUUGGGGCCGAAUUUGGAGAGGAUGUUUCCAAGACUUAUCGACCUGACUGAAUUACAUUUAGGAUUCUUAGCGAGACUUAGACAAAGACAGAGAGAAUCUCCUGUCGUAUCUUCCAUUGCAGAUAUUCUUUUAGAAACGUUUUCCAGUAACCACGCUGCAAGAUUAAAAUCGGCAUACGGUGAAUUCUGUAGCAGGCAUAGGGACGCCGUCGAAAUAUACAAGUAUUACCUACAAAACGAUCAAAGAUUCGGCGAAUUCGUAAGGCACUGUCAAACGAACCCUCUCCUCAAAAAGAAGGGAAUCCCAGAAUGCAUCUUAUUCGUGACGCAACGUCUUACGAAAUACCCCCUUCUGAUCGAGCCCCUGAUAAAAACCAGCAAAGAUAACAAACCCGAACAGGAGGCGCUACAAAAGGCAUUGGCAUUAGUGAAGGAAAUUUUGGUAGAGGUGGAUGCCCAAGUGGCCGAGAAGGAGAAAGAAGAUCGCAAGUUAGAAAUAUAUAAUAGGAUAGAUGCCAAAUCUAACACUGUGUACCGGGGGCAGAAGUUUAGAAAAUCGGAUAUUCUCCAAGGCAACCGCUCCCUUAAAUUCGAAGGAGUGGCCAUGUUGAUGCAAGGCAGAGGAAAGAUGCAAGUUGUUUUAGUUAUAGUUUUAUCUGACGUUCUGUUUUUCUUGCAAGAAAAUUCGCAUAAAUAUACGUUUUUCACUCCAGUAAGUAAAACAGGCGUAGUGUCGUUGCAAAAAUUAUUGGUUAGAGAAAUAGCUGGUCAAGAUUCGAGAGGAAUCUAUUUGAUUUCGUCAGAUCCCGCCGAUCCAGAAAUGUUCGAGCUAAAAGUGCAUAAACCCAAAGACAAACAAGUAUGGAUAAACGCAAUAAGGGAAGCAGUACAGUCAUGCCCCGAGGAUGAAGAGGAUACCAUAGCUCUUAGUUCCGAAGAAAAACAAACUCUGAUGAAUGCUAAACAAAACCAAGUGCGUCAAUUAAUUGGACAACUACGGCAAAAAGAUAUAGAGCAAGCUUUAUUAUUAGAAGAGAAGAUGUCACUACAGCUGCGACUGUUGGCCGCAGCAGGAUUAGAGCCGCCUUCGCCACCGUCUUAUAGGCAUUUGGUUAGCGAAAAUGCUGAUGCUGGUCAGAUGUGGAAGGUAGUCCUAACGGCUGUACAGGCAAUAAGUCAAUUGGCGAGUUCAUUAUAUACGACAGGCACGAAUCUUUCAAGAAGUGUCAGCUCUGCAGGUGAACACCAAAGCGAAACCUACGUCUCACCAAUACUGCCCAAACGGGCAGAAACGUUUGGCGGUUUCGACAACAACCAGGGUCCCUUUAAACUGCUGGGGAAGAAACUUUCGACGUCAGGAACACCCGCCGGUACUCCCGACUUUGAGAAUCUGAAACCUGGUGAUUCAAGACUAUUUGAACGGUUGCCUUAUAGAAAUUGUGUGAUAACAGGAGGGCCUUUAAUAAAUGGCAAUAUUUUAAAUGUAAAUAGCGAAUCCCCUCAACAAUCUCAACAGCAUUUGACGACGGCUCCUGACGGUCCGGCCUUAUUGUCACUCGGACGUGAGCAACAGUUGGCUGCUAUUCAGUUGUCACAUUACGUUUACACCUUGUUGUGCAUUAUUUCCCAGUUGAUGACAACAAAUGAAAGUCUGCAAGCUCAAAAUGUAACAUUGAAAGGUGGUGCGGAUUCAAAGCAAUAUCGACAUAAUCAACAAUUAGAAGAGCUGAGGAACCUGCAAGAUAAAUUGAGUGGGGAGAAAGCGGCUUGGAACGCUUUAAAAGAACAAGAAACCAAAGAACUGGAUGAGAAGAAGGCGGAAUUGCAAAGGUUGCAAGAACAAAUUCGUGCCGAACAAGAAGACAUCACACAGCAAAGAGAACAACUAUUCAGGAAGAUGGAGAUGCUCUCUAACAAGGGAUUACUGAGUAACGUUCCGAUAAGUCCCUCGGUUAUCGCCGAUGAUAGUAGCAAGGAGACUUCGGAAGACAGCAGUCCUCAAUCGGACUCUUCUUCUGCCACAAGCGCUUCCGGAGGAGGCACCAGUUUGACGCACUCAUCGUCUUCCGUCGACAGGAGGAAAGAUUCCAAAUGGGCCAAAGGAAAUCUACAAGUAAAAUCACAACUUCCAUUAAACCUAAUAUCCGCCACAAAUCAGCAAAAAGUGUCUCAGAACGUACACAUUAGGCAACAGAUUCCUCUCAAGUUAGCUUCGAAGUUGAGCGGAGACCUUCCUAAACCUAAUAUGGGAGGUGUCCAACAGAUGCUGCCGUUGAAGUUGAGUCAAGACGAAAAAGUUCGAAGGACCAGCACGUCUGGAUAUCAGAGAUUAGGAUCAGAUAAUAGUUUUAGUCCUCCUUCGGGAGAAACGACUCCCACAACUACGCCUCACGUGCACAGUAGAACAGGCUCAAGUCCGGCGAUGAUGCAGGCGUCUCCACCUAACUCGGCUCCCUCCAGCCAAUGCCAAAGCCCCGGGGGCGCCAAAGCGACUCGCACGCACACCUAUCCGAAAUUGCCGGACAAAUUCAAGGUCAGGAACGAUCAGCAACCGCCCACCGACGAAGAGGUCAUAUAUUUCUGACGACUCUCCAGCAGGACUAAACAUUUUUUCUGUUCGCUUAUUAAUACGAAGGUAUAGGAUCUUACGUUAUCAACGUGGUUUUUAUUCGUUUAUAUUUUUGACGUGGUUGAUAUAUUUUUAAUGAUUUUUACGUAACAUUAGACAUUUGUAAGUAUAAAAUUACUAAACAGAGUUUUAUAGACUACACUUUACAUUGAAUUAUUAGUUACAUUAAUAUUGAUAGAAGAAGAAUGCAAAUAAGUUUUUAAUAACACUACCAAUAAAACUGUUGUAUAUGUAAAACAAAAACAGACAUAUAUAGUUGUCAAAAGCGCUAUUAAGUUAUGACACAAAACAAUUGACAAAUGACAUGACAGAUCGUGAGGUCUAUCCUUUUCGGGGAAAAAGUUGGUAGGUCUACAACUUGAAUAUGAUAAUUUCAAACUGUGUUAAAAAUUCGCAGUGUUUCUUCAUUGACAUUGGUAGUCUACCAACAAUGAUUGAAAUAGUUGAUUCUCUUGUUGUCUCAUUAUGUCCCUCGUCCACGAGGUUGUAAAUCAUCCAGGCAGGUAUAAUACCGCAAAAUUCUAGGUAUCAUUCACUGUCAUUUAUCAUAUUAUUAUUGCUGUCUUUAUUUCCAUUUUAGAUGGAUAAUCAGUAGUAUUCACGCAAGAGCUCUAAAAUUAUCGAUUUGUAUCCCAAGUGACACUUUGAUAGUGUUAAUUUAAGUGACUGAAAAUUAUGUCAAAGUGUCACGAGGGCAAAACAAAUCGGGAAUUUUUAAGAGCUCGAGUGUAAUUCGGUAAGAUUAUUUCAUGAAUAAAACUGUAUUUUUAAACAAUUUUAACUAAUAUUUUAUUGGUAUUUUUGCCUGAUUAUUUGCUAAACCUGCUCAUGGUGUUCUCUUUGACAAGUUGUAUACAUUAAUUGUCAUUAAUGUCACUGAAUGUUCAUUUUUGCGUAGCAACGAAGGGCAUCUGACGGAAUAUACUUGACGACGGGAAAUUAUCAGUAGUAAUUGCACAAGAGCUCUAAAAUUCUAUAUUAAUUUUAGAGAUCGAGUGCAAUUUGUUGGGAUUAUUUCAUGAAUAAAACUGUUCAAAACCAAAAUUUUAUUGUAAUUUAUUUAUGUAAGUACAAUUUUGUACAAUUAAACACACAGUUGUUAUAAAUAUUUGACGGUUGAAAGUCAUCACUUUUAUAAUUUUUAAAACAUUAAUUGUCAUUAAUGUCACUGAAUGUAUUUUUUCAUAGCAACGAAGGGCAUCUGAUGUAAUAUACUUGACGACGGGAAAUUAUCAAAAAUUGUCAGAAUUUUUAUUUCUGUAGCUUUCUAUUGAUCAGAAUCUCCUAUGAAUGAAAUAAUCAGUAGUAAUUGUAAAACAGCUCUAAAAUUAUCGAUUUGUUUCACGAGUGAUACUUUGUGAUAGUUUUAAUUUCACGACCCGAAGGGGAGUGAAAUUAUGUCAAAGUGGCACGAGGGAACAAGUCGAUAAUAAUUUUAGAGAUCGAGGGUAAUUCGCUGAGAUUAUUUUAUGACUAAAGCUGUCUUUUUAAAUCAUUUUAACUAAUAUUUUAUUGAUAUCUUCACCUGAAUAUUUUCUAAACCCGUUUCUUAGUAAGGGCAUCUGACGACGGGAUAUUAUCAAAAAUGAUCACUUUAAUUUUUAUUUCUCUAGCGUUAUAUUGCUCAGAAUGUCCUAUGAAUGAAAUAAUCGCUGUAAUUUUUAUUUCUGUAGUCUAUUGGUCAGAAUCUCAUAUGAAUGAAACAAUCAGUAGUAAUUAUACGAGAGCUCUAAAAUUAUCGAUUUUUAUCCCGAGUGACACUUUGAAAAUCUUAAUUUCACGACCCGAAGGGGAGGGAAAUGAUGUCAAAGUGUCACGAGGGCAAAACAAGUCGCCAAUUUUUAAUAGUUGGAGUGUAAUUCGGUAAGAUUAUUUCAUGAAUGAAACUGUUUUUUAGUUUAAUCAUUUUAACUAAUAUUUUAUUGAUAUCUUCGCCUGAAUAUUUGCUAAACCUGUUUCUUGAUGUUCUCUGUGACAAGUUGUAAAACAUUAAUUGUCAUUAAUGUCACUGAAUAUUCCUUUUCGCGUAGCAACGAACGGCAUCUGACAUAAUACUUGACGAGAAAUUAUGAAAAAAAAAAUCCCGCUGUAAUUUUUAUUCUUGUAGGUUUCUAUUGGUCAGAAUCGCUAUGAAUAAAAUAAUCGAAAAAAAAUUACGUCUGUAAUUUUUAUUCUUGUAGGUUUCUAUUGGCCACAAUCUCAAUGAAUGAAAUAAUCAGCUUAAUUUCAUGGUUUUAGAUUUUGUCGACAGAAAGGGGACCUAAUUUAAAAAAAAAAUGUGGAUGAUGUUAUAAUGUGCAAAGAACAACAUCUCAGCCGCAUCACCACAUAUCCCAGAAAUAAAAUAUUCUUUAAUUUAUUUAAAUUAAAAUUAUUAAAUUAAAUUUAACAGAAAAAAUUGGUACCUACAUCAUAUUUGACCAUUAACUUGUCCAAAUUACUAAAAUCUGUGAAUCUUAACCUUUCACGUUGGAAGAAGUUUUUCUUCGAUGAUUUAGCUUCCUAAUUUGGACAUGGGGUGCUAUGGAAAGACACACCUCGGCUAUGGCCGCAUCAUUGCUAGCAAAUCGUCAUCUUCUGAACCAUUCUUUUUUGUUUGGGGAAAGGAAUUAGUCACACGGGGUAAAAUCCUGGUAUAUACAUUGGAUGGUCGAUCAAUUCGCAUCCCAAUUUGUGUUAUUUUUGCCUCAACGACAGCCGAAUUGUGAGCGGCUAAUUGUCUUGAUGGAAGAAAUUUGUUUCGGAACAAAUCAUGGCGUUUUUUCUUCUAAUUUGUACCUUUUCAACUAAAACGACAGUAGGCUUGACAACUUAAUAUUAAGACCAUUAUUAUUUUAAUUAUUAAACAAUUUAAUGUAUCAAACACAAAAUUUAGGUAUGGUGUCAAUAACUAAACUCUGAUUUAUAUGAAAUGAGUAAUAUAAUUAUUUAACCUUAAUAGCGGUAUACAGUGAGGACGUUUGAGUUGGAAUAAAUUUAUUUUCUCGAGAAUGGGCGACUCUGGAGAUAAAUCCCGAAACAGGUCGAGUUUUAUUUUUAAAUUAUAAUUUUUUGGCAUAUAUAUAUCAUACUAGUGACGACAUCCAUCUGGACGUGAUGACGUAAUCGAUGAUUUUUUAAAUGAGAAUAGGGGUCGUGUGAUAGCUCAUUGAAACGGUCAUUCAAUGCUCUAUUGACUAAUAUAAACAUUAACAUAGUUAUUUGUACAGGAUGCGCAAAAAAUAUUUUUGAAUUAAAUUAAUUGAGACAAAAAGAAUGUAUAUAAUUUAUUUAAUUCGAAAUACAUUUUACUGUUGUCCGAAAAUAUGAAAAAAUGUUUAUUUGAUAAGUAAAUAUUUGUUUUUGAGUUUGAACAUUAAAUUUAAACGAAAAGCAAUGUUUAUUUUUCAGUUUAACAUUUCUUUCUAUGAUUAAUUAUUUAUAUGGGAAAUAAGCCACAAUUAAAAUGAAAAAAAUAAUUUUAUUAACGUUUCGACGCCCAAAUCGGGUGCCGUUGUCAAAAUACAAAAUAUUACUCAAAUAAACAAAAGUGUUGUUGCUAAGCAAAAAAAAUUCUUCUAAUAAUUUAUUUAAUCUCACUCAUUUAUAUUGGCAAUUCAGACAUAUAUUAUACAUUUUAAAGUAGAAGACUUUAAAAUGAUAUUGCUAAUAUUUAUGAGUUGCGUUCCUGGGACGACUUACUGAAAGAUAGUUCAUUCGAUUACAUGAAAUCAACCCCAACUCAAGAAUAUCCGUCAUAAAAAUUAUAUUUUUAAUAAUUUAUUUUAGUAAUAUUUUGUAUUUUGACAACGGCACCCGAUUUGGGCGUCGAAACGUUAAUAAAAUUAUUUUUUUCAUUUUAAUUGUGGCUUAUUUCCCAUAUAAAUAAUUAAUCAUAAAUAUGCCACAAGGAAAUAGCUUCAGAACAACAUUUCUUUCUAUUUUCUGACAGCAGUAUAAUAUAUUUUGCAUUAAAUUAAUUACAUACAUUCUUCUUUUUAUCUCAAUUAAUUUAAUUAAAAGAAAUUUUUUUUGGGCUCCCUGUAUAAAUAGGUAAUUAUGUUAACGUUUAUAUUACUGAACAGAGAAUUGAAUAACCAUUCGAAUGAGCUAUCACACGAUCCUUAUUCUCAUUAAAAAAAUAUCGAUUACGUCAUCAUGCUCAGAUGGAUGACGUCACUAGUAUGAUACAUUAUAUGUCAAAAAAUUAUAAUUUAAAAAUAAAAAUCGACUUGUUCCGGGAUUUAUCUUCAGAGUCGCCCAUUCUCGAGAAAAUGAAUUUAUUCUAACUCAAACGUCCUCACUGUACAUAGAAAUUAUUUCAAUCGCAAUAUACUCUUAAUAAAAAUCAUUGAAAAUGUAUCAAUCUGUCAACCUUGUAAUAUUCAUUUUAUGAUAGUAGUAUUUAUUUAGCAAUAGGUUGUAAUAAGUGAUUUUGUAAACUUAUCUGUCAUUUCAUUUUUCGAAUUUUUUCCCAUUUUACUAACGUAGAUGCGUCUACGUUUCAAUUAGGGUUUAGGUCAUUUUUGUUUGCGCCAAGUCAACUCAAACACAGCUAUGUAAUACUUUUUACGACGCUGUCAUUUGUCAUUUUCAACUCGUUCAAAUUGACGGAUGACAAAUGACAAGCCCAGCAUUUUUUUAAGCCAACCCAAUCGUUCAGUAUUUCAAGUGUAUCAAUUUUAGUUUUCUAUAAGAAUGUUGUACACUUAUUACGUUCAGACAGAACAUGAAUUCUAUAGUUUUAGCAUUUAAUUACUCAUCAAUAGCCGUUUUUAGCAGCAUAUCCAACCAAUUUGUUUUAAAAUCGACUCGGCUAAAACAAAGUUGACCUAUUCCCUGCUCUUAAUCUUGUACUUUCGUUCGUCUUCCUUGAAAAUUUCGUUCGAAUCAGUAUUCUUAAAUAUACUCAAAUCUUGUGACAAUACAAUAUUUUAGGAUAUCAUUUCAAGUUUUAAAUUAGACGACUAGAAUCUUUUAUAGUUUUACUGAUAAUGUGAAUAUAUAGGAUUUUUCCUACUAAAUCCGUUUUACGUCAUCGUCUGUUUGAAGUUUUGCCGAUACGGUUGUACAGCAUUGCCGAAUCGUCGAAGAAAAAGUAGCACAGGAAAUUUUCCCAAGAGCACAAGAAAAUAAACAUAUGAUAGAGAUGAAACUUGAUUAUAAAUAAAUAUUUAUUCUUUAAUUCAUUUCAAUUCAAAAUUCAGUAAUUGUUAUGUUAUUCUCGAAAAGAUUAGCCAAGGUAAAAUCUUGCUGUAUUAGUCAUCUACAUAUUUGGACAUUUUGUAGAUGAAAUUACACAAAACUAGAUCAGCUUAGAUUCAUUGGGAUUAUAAUUUAAACAAUAGUUUUUUCUAUGGAUGCUAUACAAUGUGCAACUUCUCUCACUACUUACAUACAUUCAAAACGAACAAUUUCUCACGCAGUGAGAAAAGUCGGCCAUUGCAGUAAGAAAUAUUUUUUCUCACGGGUUCUCCUACGGUUUUCCAUACAUAUGAUCCCCGUUUCCAUGGUAACAUGCACAAUACAAACACAAUGUUAUCAAACAAAAUGUGUUGAAGCAAAACUUACCAGGAAUUACCUUUCAGAACUGUUCAAAAAUAACUGUUAAUUAGAAUUUUAAAUAAAUAACGUAUUUAAAUUUUAAGAAUAUUAAAUACCUUCAUGUAUUAUUAUGCUCUAUAUUUUCUCUCAGUUAUGAGAUAGAUCAGCAUCUUAUCAAUUCAAUUAAUUAAUUAAUUAUUUUAAUUGCUACUCAUGGAAACAAAACCAAAAUUUAAUAAAACUUUCCAAUAAAAAAUGUUCUCAGGGCUAUUUGAUUUUAAUAUAUCGCCUUUAGUUUGUGGCUUCUAUUAUUUCUCGUUGCCUACUUUAUCCAGGACAAAACAAGGAAAAUAAAUAUGAUCACAAUCAUAUAUAUUUUAUAAAUAAUAUUUAUUCAUAUACUAUACCAUAAAAAGAUUCAAAAUGUAUGCUAAAACUUUGUUCUCUCGUAAAAAUAUUUUAUCUACUAAAAAUACAUAAUCUGGAAUUCUACUAUCUCCUUUUCUUUUAACAAAAUUUUAUUUAAAUGUUUCGGUGGACUGUUCUUAUUAUUAUAAAAAAAAACAAAAUUUAAUUUUCACCUUUUAAAUAGAUUACUUGAUUCAUAGAUGUCCUCUAUGAAUUUAUGAAUGAAUAAAUUAUGCUGUAAAACUGUUAAAUUGGCAAAAUACAAAUAUGGUAUGUAAUGUCAAACAACUCUCUCUUUUCACAAAAUCUGACUAACCUUAUGUAUCUUCUUAACUUCUUCUCAUGGAUUCUGUUGUCCUCGUUUCUCCCACACGUGCUCCUCGGAGGCUGCAACUGUUCUUCUUGUCCAAACGGUUUCCCAAACAAAACAGCACUCGCUUGAAAUCUCUCCUCAAUUUCAGGUCGAUAUCUUGUGCAAAAAAUGAUACAAACCGGCUACUCGUUCUAGACAGAAAACUGCAAUCUAUUCGGACACGAGGAGAUUUUACUUCUCGACUCAAUCACGAUUUCGUCUUAACAGAAAUCUGCUUACACGGCCACCAAAUUAACCACUUUACACAAAAUCACCACUUUCCAAACUCGACUGGUCUCUUCAGAUCUUAAUUACACAGUAAAUAUUUUUCCUUUAUCAAACUCAGACUCAACCAUUCUAUUCUCCCUCCAUCGGUCUCUCUCGCCAAUCACAAGCAUUCUCUCAACAUUACCUCCCUACUUUCAUUUCUCAAGAACACAUAGUGUUGUAUACAAAUUUUCUGUCUUGUCAAAUUUCCCGGAGAUAUUAAAAUUAAGUUCUUUCUUAUAUCCUAGAAAAAACCCUCUAUUCUAAAACUAAACGAAUCUGUUUACCGUCGUUGCUUUCGAGGAAACCAUUUAGAAACGUCCUAUUGUUCACUCCAACCGCGAAUACAUCAACUUUCUAAAAACUGAUCGUAAUUUAGUUCCAUUGUUUUGAAUUGUUAAGUCCGUUCGUAGAAUCUUUAUCACUACACUUUUCCUCUUUACCACGAAACACUGCUUAUGACUAAUUAUAUUAUUUACAAAUUUUGGCUAUAUACAGGGCGAUGAAACUUUACGGUCUUGUGGUCUUGGAUAUAAAAUGAAUUCUCUAAAUUAUAUAUAAAAUUAUAUAACAGUAUAUGUAUUUUAUUUCAAUUUAUGCAUAUAAUAGACCUAAAAGCACCUAAAUUAUUUAAUUUUGAAGUUUGAACUCUUGACAAAACCGCAUCCAUAGAAAAAUACAGUGUACAAACACAUGAGAAAAUGACAUAUUUCUCUCUCGCUUAAUUCACCUCGUAUGCUUCUUUUCAUGAGCAUUUUUCAGUGGGUCACAGAUGAUAGAAAAAAGGUAAGUCCGUGAUAAUACACAUUUAUAACAUUUAUUCUAACAUGACAUUUUAGUUGAAUCUGACAGUUGUCACAUUUUAUGUGCAAUUUGGCAUAAAAACAAAUCAAUUGUGUUUAUUGCAUUUAUAAAAUUGUAUUUUCUUUGAUUUCUAUAGUCUUAUAAAUUGUACAGAUUAUAUUCGUAGAUAUAUAAUUCGUAAAUAAUUUUCUCGAUUAUAGCGCCAUCUAUUGACAACUAGAAUAAAUGUUAUAAAUGUCACCGACGAAAUGUAAUCACCGACGUGCGUUUUUUUCUGUAACACGCAAUUUAAUGCGUUAGAAAGAAAUCGAAAAACUGUGACGCACUGAAAGAUCCUCAUGAGAAAAAGCAUACCUCGGCUCGUGCCAACAAACUUCUGCGCUUGUGAGAAAUAUGUCUUUUUCUCGCUUGUUGUACAAUAUACUAUUCUCUUGAGAUAUAAAUUAAUAUAACUUUUCAAUAAUUUGUCAUUGUUAACAAUUUAUUUUUAUCCUAAUUUAUUUGCGCAUAUAAAUGAUCGUGUAAUUUAAGAUUAAUAGCUCUUUUAGGUAUAGUAAGUUGUGACGUCGUAGUUUCGGUACCGAUUUCUUGGGACGGACUUGGUAGGAAAGAAAGUAUAGUACAGAUCGAAUCUAUUGGAUCGAAUGAGAAGAAAGCAAAACCUUCAUCGUGUAUAAAUCUGUUUAUAUGUGUGAUAUAGUGUGAUAUCUUUACAUUUCUCAUUUUAUUUAAAUUUUUUUAAAUUACGAUUCUUACUUUUUAUAAAUUAUUUAUUCAUUUUAUAUAUAAUAUUUUAUGUUAAUUAGGAUUUAACGUUUAGGUAAAUUAUAUUUUAGUUCUACAAAGUUUACAGGGUGUCGCGAAAAAGAUAGGCAUAAAUUAUUGUAGGGUUUUGAAGGUUCUAAGCAGAUUAAAGCAUAAAUAAGUUGUUCUCAGCCGAUGUCUGGACAUAAGCUCGUUUUGGAGCCGAAGAACCAUGUUCAUACCACUCUUUAGCCUAUUGUUUGAUUCAGAGUCAUGGUAAUAGACCCAAGUGUCAUCCAUAGUGAUGAAUUGACGUACAAAAUCCUCAUUAUUCUUUAGAAAACCCUAAAAUAGCUUAAAGAAAAAAAUAGCUUAAAAGUUACUCACGAUUAUACUUCUGUCCACUAUUGUCAAUUUCCACCAUGUCCUCUUGAAGCUGGGCGUGGUCCUAUGUCUCCAAACCUCGUUCCUGCCGACGUCUACCAUUACGACCCUGUGGCUUGGUCUCUCCAAAUCCAUAUCUCUCGCAUUCCGUAUACCAUCGUAACGAUUUUCUUUCUUCUCUUCCAAUUCCAAAAUCUUGCCAUCUUUUUUCUGUUCCUGUGGUUUCCCCCUGGUGUAGAUCGUCAUAUGGUGGUUGGGGUUGUUACCCCCUAUGAUGGGGUUGAUUAAGUUGCAACACUAUUUAUCAAACAUGUAUUUAUUUGCCAACACUAAAUAUACCAGUAACGAGUUGGUGGGCAACGUCUAUAUUCUAACUACUUGAUGUCUAAAUAAUGAAUGAAUAAAGAAUGAACUGUGCAAUACUUUCUCCGUAUCUAUAAAUAAACUCGUAAUUGUUUUGUUAUGAUUUUGACGACACCAUUGUGACCGUGAAAUACUACGUGAAAUAUCAAAUACCCUGACUGAGGUGUUCUCGAACCGAUUGGCCUACAUUGUGAAAUAAAUGUCACCUAGUUAUUUUACUAUAAACAAUAAUGUUGUUUAAGACCUUUAAAAAUGAAAUCGAUAUGAAUUGCUCUUAUUUUUGAAUGCUAAUAUAAAUCCUGUACAUGUUGCUGAGAAAGUCGCAUUCGAAUGGAUGUGUUUUUUUUUUCAUUGUUAGCGAAUGCAGCACCCUUUGAACGCAGCUUUCUGAAACCCAAUAUUUCAUUGAAAAUAUUGCUUACACUCCCGAAUAAGAUGCCUAGGGCCUUCUGCUAAAUCUUUUUCAGUCACUCAACGAAUUUCCAAUACGACAUCCAGUAUUUUUUGCUAUUUCUGGUGGUGUUCUGUUUUUGGGACAGCUCUUAUAACCGAAAAUCGUGUUUUUCAAGUUGUGUAAGUUGGUCUUGUCAAAUGUGUCAUUCUAAUUUCUAGGGCAUCGUUGUCAGUUCAACGAAAAUAUUAUUGAACUCUUGAGCCAGUGGUCGGACAGACCAACUAUCUUCUAUUUUAGAAAUUAUUUUCGUUUUAUGACACUUAACUGACGUGGCAUCGUUAAAAAUUUACUUCGACCAACUUGUCAAAUCUGACUUCUUCUUCAGGUGCCAUCUCCGCUACGGAGGUUGGCAAUCAUCAUAGCUAUUUUAAUUUUGAUCAUAGCUAUUUUAAAUCUGACUGAUGUUAAGUAAUUAAAUAAGUCAUCGAGGACUGGGCCUAUUGCUUUUUAUUAUGUUUAAUCGUUUAAUUUUUCAGUUAUAAGUGGAUUUUUUAAGAUCAACUUAUUCCUCUCUCUGGUUAUUAAAUUUAUUAGAUACGGUUUUUUGAUGAUAAAAAUAAUACCUAUCUAAAAACUUUAUACAUUUUUUAACUUUAUUUUUUUUAUUUAGAUUUACUGCAAUUCCAUUAUUUGUAAUGGCAACGAAGUGAUUCACGUUCACGAACCAUUGUGUCCAGUCUGAACACAGGUUUACAUUGGGAAAAAAAUGUACCAGUUUUUUAUGACGGGAAGUGUACAACCACGUUUAAAUUCAAUAACCCAUCUUUCUACUGUACUAACUGAAGGCGAAGAGUCCUUAUACACUUUCAACAUUCGUUCAUAAAUUCUUUGUUUUUAAACUGUAAAAAAUACUGUGACAUGUUGAUACUAAAUGGCUUGUAAAAAAUAAUGAAUUGGCAGAUUGAAAUAAAACUUCAGUUACGUUCAUAUGUAGAGUGUACCAACACGAAAAGAAUUAGGCUAGUAACAGCGCCCUCUUUUAUCGAACCGCAAAACUUAUUAAACAGCUUAUUAUACAGUGAGGACGUUUGAGUUGGAAUAAAUUCAUUAUCUCGAGAAUGGGCGAAUUUGGAGAGAAACCCUGACAGGUCGAUUUUUAAUUUUAAUUUAUGACUUUUUGGCAUAUAUAUCAUAAUAGUGACGUCAUCUAUCUGGGCGUGAUAACGUGAUAGAUGUUUUUUUAAUGAGAGUAGGGGUUGUGUGAUAACUCAUUUGAAAGGUUAUUUAACUUUCUAUUCAGCAAUAUAAACAUUAACAUAAUUAUUUUUACAGGGAGUGCAAAUGUUUUUUUUGAUUAAAUUAAUUUACACAAAACGAAAAAUUUAAGUAAUUUAUUUAAUUCAAAAUACAUUUUACUGCUGUCAAAAAAACAGGUAAUAAUUUUUAUUUCACAAACAAACAUUGCUUUUCGCUUAAAUUCAAUGUUCAAACUGCCACCCACCGGGAGGCAGUUUAAACAUUGAAUUUAAGCGAAAAACAAUGUUUUUUGUCAAAUAAACAUUUCUUUCUGUUUUUUGACAGCACUCAAAUGGUUUCAGAAAAAAAUGAAUUACAUACAUUCUUCUUUUUGUCUCAGAUAAUUUAAUCCAAAAAAAAAUAAUUUUUUGGACACCCUGUAUAAAUAUGUAUGUUAACGUUUAUAUUACUGAAUAGAGAAUUAAAUAACCUUUCAAAUGAGCUAUCACACGACCCCUACUUCAAUUUAAAAAAAUCAUCGAUUACGUCAUCACGCCCAGACGGAUGAUGUCACUAGUAUGAUAUAUAUGCCAAAAAGUCAUAAUUUAAAAAUAAAAAUCGACCUGUCUCAGGAUUUCUCUUCAAAUUCGUCCCUUCUCGAGAUAAUGAAUUUAUUCCAACUCAAAUGUCCUCACUGUAUAAUAUUGAAUAUAAACCGAUAUAGCAGCCUUUCUGUACCAGAAUCUGUCGAGAUCUUUUGUCUGCAAGUCCUUGCAAAUGCCUUGCUUUUGCUUUCAAUUCUCAAACUAGUACCGAUUCGACGAACAUAAGAAUUUUCGUGUCAUGUUGAAUUUUACAGCGCUAUAACUGAUGUAAGUUACUACCCUUUGUUCACUGAUUCAACCAUAGAAAUCGUAAUAUAAUCUAUGACUAGCUUUUUCGACACCCUGUAUAACAAUGGCCGGACUAGCCUACAGGAACUGUAUAUCAUGUAUUUUUAGAAAUGCUUAAUCAUUUUUUAUUUAACGAAUUCUACUUAAUGAUACUUAAAUCUAACGCGAUAUAAGCAGAAAUUAUUUUACUUAAUUUGUCCUUUAUCACAUUCAGCAAAAUUCAAGGGACUUAAUUAUGUAGCAAGUUUUGUUAAUGUUUUAAAGGAUAUCUAAAGGAAAGAUGUAAAAAUUUUAAUAUUAUAAAUAAGAAAUAAAUUUCAUUAAUUGUU